CUUGCUAGUAGUAAAUGUGGCCAGUACGUUGACAUUGGAAUUCUAGCAUCUGAUUUGCAGAAAACCUACAGUGCAGAAUAUGGACGAAGAAAAAGAAACGCUUUUAGAAUACAAGUUGAAAAAGUGUUUGGAAUAAUCAGUAAUGAAAAAGAACGUGAAGAUUUAGCGGUUUUAGAAGCUAAACAUGUGGCAAAAAGAGCGAGACAGCAAGAGAAAAAUGAGACUCCAGGAAGUGCCACAGAUGGCUCUGAUUCUGAUGAUUAUCCAGAAGAUCUAUCUACAAAUCACAUGAACAGUUCCCUGCUGAGCUUGUACAAGAAAGCAAAUCCCGAUUCCGUUCCAACCACUCCAAAAAAUGAACCAGUGGAAACUCCUCCUCCUGUGCGAACAGCACCUCAGACAAGCACCCUCUCACCAGGAGCAAGAGCUGAAACUCGCAUCUCUGAAGGUGGCUGGUUCAUUGAUAAAACUCCAUGUGGAAAAGAUUUUUUCAUUGACCUUUCUGAGGACGGAGAAGGAGAUGAAAAGAAACCAAUUUCUGAGAAAUCAACAGAAUUUUCUGUCUUGGAAAGUGAAAGAAAGAAGACAAAGGCUAAGAGAACAAAAAGAAAAAAAGAAGAAUUUACAGAUGUAGGUGGAGAAAUUAAUUCCAUCUUACUUAAAGGGAAAGUUAGAAGAAAGGGACCAGAGCUUUACCACCCUUCAGUGAAGUUUGAGGAUGUAGGAGGCAAUGAUGAAACUUUAAAGGAAAUAUGCAAGAUGCUCAUUCAUGUCCGUCACCCUGAAGUCUAUAACCACUUAGGCGUGGUUCCGCCUCGCGGUUUUCUUUUGCAUGGACCACCAGGAUGUGGAAAGACACUGCUCGCACAGGCAAUUGCUGGGGAACUUGAGCUCCCAUUGCUGAAAGUUGCAGCAACAGAGAUGGUGUCUGGUGUGUCAGGGGAGUCUGAGCAGAAACUGAGAGAAUUGUUUGAGCAGGCCGUGUCCAGUGCACCAUGUGUCCUUUUCAUUGAUGAGAUUGAUGCGAUCACCCCAAAAAGAGAAGUUGCAUCGAAGGACAUGGAGCGGAGAAUUGUUGCUCAGUUCCUAACUUGUAUGGAUGACUUGAAUAACGUGGCUGCCACUACCCAGGUCCUUGUUAUUGGAGCAACUAACAGACCUGACUCUCUGGACCCCGCGCUGAGGCGAGCUGGGCGGUUCGAUCGAGAAAUUUGUUUAGGGAUCCCAGAUGAAGCAGCAAGAGAAAAAAUUCUUCGGACUUUGUGUCGAAAACUUAAGCUUCCGGAGUCCUUUGAAUUUCACCAUUUAGCACGACUGACUCCGGGUUAUGUAGGUGCUGAUCUAAUGGCACUUUGUCGUGAGGCAGCUAUGUGCACAGUGAACAGGGUCCUGAUAAAGUCUGAGAAGCAGAAAAGGAAGCACAUACACGCUGGAGGAAACACAGCUGGAGAAGACAUGGGAGUAGGAGCAGACAUCCUGGUGGAAGAGGAUACCAUACAACUGGAAGAUGAGUUAUGGAGACUUUUGGAUUUGCUGAAGAAGCAAGACCCCUUGCCUGAGGAGCAGCUGCAGAAGCUGUGCAUUGAGAUGAAUGAUUUCAUUGUUGCGCUGUCAUCGGUGCAGCCCUCUGCCAAGAGAGAAGGCUUUGUCACAAUUCCUGACGUGACGUGGGCAGAUAUUGGAGCCCUGGAGGAUGUUCGAGAGGAGCUGACUAUGGCAAUAUUGGCACCUGUGCGAAACCCAGAGCAGUUUAAAGCUCUGGGUUUGACUACUCCAGCUGGUGUCUUGCUUGCAGGGCCGCCUGGAUGUGGCAAGACACUGUUAGCUAAG